AUGUCUAACGCAGAGAAAGGCAACGUUACGACUCAGCCUCAGGCUGUGCCUCAGAUGGUCAUUCCUGGUGGGGGGAACAGAAACGCGUUGAAUCUCCCCCUUGACAAUGAGGGGAAACGAGACUGGAGCUUUGGCCUUUUGGAUUGCUUCGGUGACAUGAACAAGUGCUGCCUUGCGUGCUGGUGUCCCUGCUUGGCUCACGGUCAAAACAGGCGACGCCUCCAAUACCUUAACGUAAACGGCGUACCGGAUCCAGAAAGACGAAGAAUUGUUGCUGAAGGAGACAGCGUGCUCUAUGCACUCAUCGAAGUGGCUUGUGAUAUGGGCUGGAUCCUUCAGAUCGAAACGCGUCGCAAUAUCCGCAACCGCUACAACAUUCGCGGAAGCACCACUAGUGACUGUUGCGCCCCUUUCUGCUGUCAGGCAUGCGAUCUUAUCCAAGGCAGUCGCGAGAUAGAACUUGAGGAGGAGAGCUUUGGGAAUGCUCAGACUCCUCAGAGGUAG